UGGCAACCCUCGCCGUGACGUCUCGGUCAGCUUGUUUUUGACGAGUCAUUUUUGCUUCUCUCGCUUACAAUUUUUAAUAUCAUCGAGGCAAGCGGCAUUUAAACAAUACAAUUUGCAAAGCAAAGUAAUAAAUACAAAAUGGAUAUAUUGCUGCCCGAAAGAGAUGAACUUGAUUUGAAGCUGAAAGAUGCACACAGCUCUUUGGAUGAACUGGACAUUGAUGAUUUGUAUGUGCGCUAUAAGAAAUUGCAAAAGACCUUGGAGUUCAUUGAGGUGCAGGAAGAGUAUAUCAAGGAUGAGCAGCGCAAUCUAAAGAAAGAGUAUCUGCAUGCCCAGGAGGAGGUGAAACGCAUACAGUCGGUGCCGUUGGUAAUUGGACAAUUCCUUGAGGCUGUUGAUCAGAAUACGGGAAUUGUUGGCUCCACCACCGGCUCCAAUUACUAUGUGCGCAUUCUGUCCACCAUUGAUAGGGAAUUGCUGAAGCCAUCGGCAUCGGUGGCAUUGCAUAAGCAUAGUAAUGCUUUGGUUGAUGUGCUGCCUCCGGAGGCGGACAGUUCCAUAUCCAUGUUGCAGCCGGAUGAGAAGCCCGAUGUUAGCUAUGCGGAUAUUGGUGGCAUGGAUCUGCAAAAGCAGGAGAUCCGUGAAGCUGUUGAACUGCCACUCACACACUUUGAGCUGUACAAACAGAUUGGCAUUGAUCCGCCGCGUGGUGUGCUCAUGUACGGUCCACCAGGAUGCGGCAAGACCAUGUUGGCCAAGGCUGUGGCACAUCACACAACAGCAUCGUUUAUUCGCGUCGUUGGCUCCGAAUUUGUGCAGAAGUAUCUGGGUGAAGGACCCCGCAUGGUCAGAGAUGUCUUUCGUCUGGCCAAGGAGAAUGCUCCAGCCAUCAUUUUCAUUGAUGAAAUCGAUGCAAUUGCCACAAAACGUUUCGAUGCCCAAACUGGUGCGGAUCGUGAGGUGCAACGUAUUCUGCUGGAGCUGCUCAAUCAAAUGGAUGGCUUCGAUCAGACCACAAAUGUCAAGGUGAUCAUGGCCACCAAUCGUGCCGAUACCUUGGAUCCAGCUCUGUUGCGUCCUGGUCGCUUGGAUCGUAAAAUUGAAUUCCCGCUGCCGGAUCGUCGACAGAAACGUUUGGUCUUCUCCACAAUCACAUCAAAGAUGAACCUCAGCGAGGAUGUUGAUUUGGAGGAGUUUGUCGCACGGCCGGAUAAAAUCUCCGGUGCGGAUAUCAAUGCCAUUUGCCAGGAGGCGGGCAUGCAUGCGGUGCGUGAGAAUCGUUAUAUUGUUCUGGCCAAGGACUUUGAGAAGGGUUACAAGAACAACAUCAAGAAGGACGAACAGGAGCAUGAGUUCUACAAAUAGACAGAUUUCAAAUACAUCUAGAUUACACAUUCUACGCUAUCGCUUUUCUUCUCGUUUGUAAACAAAGAAAUACACAUAACUAUCCUUUAUAAAUCGCA